AUUGAAUACAUUCUCCGCCAGAAGACGAGUUGCAAAGUCUGCUCUCAAACACUAUUUCAGAUAUUUUUGAGCGUUUGUACGAGAAUUCUGACCACUAAUACACAUAUCCAUGGCUUAUAUGGACGAGCGCUACCACCAGUGCCGCCAUUUGAAGUGUGGACUCUCUCUGCCUAACAGCGCUCUACUCUACGGAAAGGAUACGAUGCCUCUACUAAAGGAUAGCCAACCAGUGCUACAACCGGCAGGAGAGGAUGUCGUGUCGCCCUGUGCUCAUUGUCUCACGGGAACCAACAUUCGCGUGGAUGGUCUGUAUGUAUACCAAGCGCUGGUCAUCUAA